AUGCCACGACAAAUACCAAUUCUCCUCCUAAAAACAAAAUCCACACCCGAAGACGGCUACGUGGACUUCUUCUCCGCCCACGGCUACACGCCGACCUUCGUCCCCGUGCUCGAGCACCGCGUCCACGAGCCAAAUCUCGGAAAAGUCCGCGCAUUGCUCGCCGCGCGCGCAUUCAGCGAUGUCACACGCAACACACCGAUUCGGGGACCCGGACGCCGGAAGUUCGGUGGCUUGAUCUUUACGAGUCAGAGGGCUGUUGAGGCUUUUGCGGGGAUUUUGGAAGCGGAGGAAAUAAGCAUCCCCCUCUACACCGUCGGCCCCGCCACAGCCCGCAGCCUGGGCACGCUCUCAACAAGUUACCUCCCCAAUACAAGCAUCCACGGCGCAGAAACAGGAAACGGCGAGAACUUAGCCUACUAUAUACUGGAUCAUUACAAUGCUCUGUACCCAGACAUCUUCACCCGUCCGCCGCUCCUGUUUCUGGUUGGCGAGCAGCGAAGAGAUAUUAUUCCGAAACUGCUCAUGGAGAGCGAGGAUACGCCGCCGGAGAAGCGGAUUGUGGUUGAGGAGAUGAUUGUUUACGAGACUGGUGUUAGGGAGGGGUUUGAGGGCGUUUUUGGGGAGGUUGUCUCUUCUGUCGGGACUGGAGAUGGAGGUGGAGAUGGAGAGGGAAGUGAGAAGAAGAACCCGAUCUGGGUCGUCGUCUUCUCACCCACGGGCUGCGAGGCAAUGCUCCGCGUGCUAGGACUCGGUCCAUUCGCUUCUACCACCACUCCUUCCGAAAGAGAAGUGUUCAUUGCAACCAUCGGCCCAACGACCCGCGACCACCUCCGCCAGAACUUCGGCUUCGAGCCGCAUGUCUGUGCAGCGAAGCCCAGUCCCGAGGGUGUGGGAGCCGCGAUUGAGGAGUUUAUGGCUAGCCGGGGUUAA